GAUUUUCCUUUUCAUCUGCACAGCCAAUUAACUUUCGAAUCCGAGUUUUAUUGCGCUUGUGCCACCGAAAUAUGAGUCCUAGUAGAAUAGUUGCCUAUAGACCCUCAACUUUUGCUUGGUUCUGCAUCUUUUUUCUGUGUUGUUCUGUUCAUGGUCAACUUGAUUACAAGUUUUACGAUGAUGCUUGUCCCAACUUAACCAGGAUCGUUCGCUAUGGUGUCUGGUCUGCCAUCUACAACGAAACUCGAAUGGCUGCCUCUAUUCUACGCCUGCACUUUCAUGACUGUUUUGUUAAUGGGUGCGAGGGAUCUGUGUUACUGGACGAUAGCAGCACAAUAAAGGGGGAGAAGAAUGCAGUUCCUAAUAAGAAUUCAGCUAGAGGAUUUGAAGUCAUUGAUGCAAUAAAGGCUAAUGUGGAGAAAGCCUGUCCAUCCACUGUUUCUUGCGCUGAUAUAUUGGCACUUGCUGCUCGAGAAGCCGUCUACCUUGCAGGAGGGCCGUAUUGGCCGGUGCUUCUGGGCCGCCGAGACGGCCUUACUGCCAGUGAAGGCGCGGCCAACACACAGCUACCCUCACCUUUCGAGUCCCUGGCUAACAUCACCGCAAAGUUUACUGACAAGGGACUCGAUAUGAAAGACGUGGUCGUGCUUUCAGGUGGACACACCAUUGGGUUCGCUCAAUGUUUCACCUUCAAGCCGAGGCUAUUUAAUUUUGAUGGGGCGGGAAAUCCUGAUCCAACUCUAGACGCAACGCUUCUAACCAGUUUGCGUGGCUUGUGUCCAAAUGAAGCCAGCUCCGAUUCCAAUCUGGCUCCACUGGACGCAGCCAGCGUGAGCAAGUUCGACAACUCCUAUUACAAGAAUCUCGUGAACAACUCUGGGCUUCUUGGGUCUGACCAAGUUCUUAUGAGCGACAACACUACAGCUGCAAUGGUCUCCUACUACAGCAAGUUCCCUUUCCUCUUCUCCAAGGACUUUGGGGUGUCAAUGGUAAAGAUGGGCAAUAUUGGUGUGCUGACGGGGCAGGAUGGACAAAUAAGGAAGAAUUGUAGAGUUGUGAACUAGAAAAAUGUCGUUCAAUUCCUGUAAAUCAUCAAUGGUUGUCAAUUAUGUUUUCAUGGUGCUUUUUUUUUUUUUUUUUUUGGAAUUAAUGCCUCUUUUGUUAUAAAUCCCCCAAAGUUGCAUUUUCCAGAUGCAUUAGUAAAUUAUCCAUUUUCCA